AUGGCCUCGCAUAAUGCCUUCACAUCGCCAUCUCGGCAGGCAAGGAGUCGGGAUGCUUUCGUUAUCGAGUCGUCCUCGCCUGAUCUACCCCCCCUCAAGGAUCUUUUGUCUCAAACAUCCAAUGCAUCGAAGCACCCUAUCAAAGGAACAACGAGGAAAGGCUCGGACACAACUGCAUCGAAGCAGCCGACGACUACCAAAGAACGUAAAAGGUUGGAUGCCUCGACAUCGAAAUAUUGGAAGUUGACAUCGUCUAUUGAAACGCCUGUGGUCAUUGAUGACACACCUCCUACCGAAAAACACCAUAAUUCUCGGGUUCAAUCUCCAAAUGAAUCAUCGAAGCCUGGCCCUUCCGAUGUCUUGGGCCAAGGUCACCGGUCACCAGACCAGCCUUGGAAGGCUUACAAGAGAUCACCACCUAGAGUAGAAAUGGAAGGAAGAACAAUGUCAAAGCCUCCGAAAUUUGUCUCGUACAUUCCGGAUUCAGAAGAUUCUGUCGUGAUGGUGGAUGAAAAUACGAAGUCGAACAUGGAAGGUCAACGGCUUGAAACGCCCAAGUCGCACCUUGAAAAAAAGGGUGCAAAAGAGGACCCAUCUUUUCCACUCAAUCUGGAGCAGGCCGUGGCUCGAAGACUGGAUUGGACGCCCCCAGAAACAAAGAAAAUUAUUUGUGAUAAUUUGGCGUCAGUAUUUGAAACCGGGGCAUCUCCAUUUAGGAGUCAGGAGGAAGUGAGAGGGUUGAAGACUAUUUUGGCUGGGUGUGGAUAUGAAGCGCCAGAAGAAAACUAUAGGCCGAUUCCAAAUGGCGAGAAUCCGGGAUUUCUGAACAAGCGCAAGCUCAUCGAGCUUGUCCCUGCUACCAGCGCGAACUCCACGACUCCUGAACCCCAAGAAGAGUCCCCAACAAAGCCCAAGGCUCCCAAGAAAAAGCCCCGCACCAUUACUGAAUUGGCCACUGCUGCGUAUAAGCUUCCGGCCAAUGACAUAGUUGACGAAGCUUCUGCAACAGUCGCUGAAGAGACUCAGAACAAAUCUAUUGAUUGUGCUGGCCCUACAGCCAACGGCAAGGCGAAAUCGAAACCUCGGAAGAAACCAGCAAAGCCAACCAAAAAGAAAGAGCCAAAAAAGUCUGUCCUUCUCUCACCGAAUACCGCCUUGAAAGCGGCAGAGAAUCAAAAUUUUCUUUUUGGUACUUCAAGUCAACUUGCAAGAGAGCAAUCUCCCACGCUCUUGCGUGAUAUUCAGGCGGCUAUGAAGAGUUCAGUCCAAUAUGA